CUGCAAAUGGCGCUCAUCCUCUUCGAGACGCAUAAGGUUCUGACGUCGAGUGAAACUUCUCUGUUGCUUCAACUUCUCCCGGACCCCUUGCGAAACUGCGUGCUCGCGAACGGAGAUGAUGAAGAGAACCACAGUUUCAUUACGAAGACGCAUAGCAAUAAAUGAAGUAGUUCACGACCAUGAUAUUGAUAGUUGCGACGUAGGGUAUUUAUACAGUUCAAAUUUUUAACAAAACCAUUGCACUAGGGCAACGGACAGAAACUAAAAUCAAUCCGUUAAUAUCAAGAACGCAUAAAGCUUGGCAUUGUCGGAAUGAAUUUGUCAGGGCGCCCGCCCAACGUCGUGGGAUCCGGAG